UUGGCAUACUCUCCUAACCUUUUUUGUCAUCAAGUGAGUAAUGACCCGUCGGCUUGCCGUAAUUUUGAUUCCAUUGCCGAGCACGCAUUGUGAACAAGCUUGAUCACUACCCUGGCCUCCUCCCCCCUCGGACUUCGCAUGCUUUAUCGUGGACUCUGGUCAUCGACUAGAUCAAUCAGCACUAUGUCUCACAACCGGAAACGUGAUAAUGAUAGCGCCCAUAGCGAUGCACAAUUGAGCGGUGAAAGGAGCGAGGGCUCAGGUUGUCCGCCUACACGUAGACCUGCUUGUGUUCAAUGUAAAUCACUGAAGAUCCGCUGUGAGUUCAUUCCGGAGGAGAACACGUGCAUGAGAUGCAAACUCAAUAGCCAUGAAUGCAUUUUGACUGGACGAAAGAAACGACGACCUGCGCCUACUCACGAGGACCUAGUGAGGCGAUCGCAAUUGCAGGAUCAACAGAUACAGACACUUCUGCGCCAGUUGGAUGAAAUGAGAGCUCUGUCGAAAUACCGUCAUCUCAUAACUGAGGCUGAGGUGGAAGCUGCCGCUAUGGUCCCAAUUGACACUGACAGUAUCCAACGAAACGCAACAAUCCUCCGCAGAUCGCCACCAUCUUACGGUGUCGAGUCGGCGGAUGCGUUCACCAUAGGGUGCUCCACAAUGCUUUGCCGGGCUCCAUCCUCGUCCAUAACUACUGGCGUACAUGUUGGUAUCCUGAAAUGCGGCCUGUUUAGUCCCAGUGACAUAGACACGCUGUUUAGUUUCUACUUCAAUAACUUGAAUCCAUCGGUUCCGUUACUGGAUCCUGUUCUGCACACUCCACAACGUGUCUUGUCAAGCUCUCCUUUAUUAUUUACAGUCAUCAUUGCCAUUUCUUCCCGUUUUUGGACUUAUAGGCCAAGGCUGCAUCAUUUAGCUAUGGAAUACGCGUCUGACGCUGCCGCCGAAGCACUGAGAGAAGGCCGUAAAACCAUCGAGACCUGCCAGGCUUAUGUAUUGAUGGCCGUGUUUCCUGGCCCAGUAAAAAAGUGGUCCGAGGGCAGAGGUUCGCUAUUAGCCGGCUUGGCAAGUCGAAUAGCCCAGGAUCUUCAAUUGGACAAGGCACCACCGCCAAGCUGCAGCGAACGGGAAAGACUGAACCGCAUGCGUACCUGGUUGCAAGUGAUCGGCGUUGAUAUGUCGCACUGUAUACAGACCGGAAGAAAAUCCUUGCUAAACGCAAAUGAUUACAUUGCCCGUACGUUCCCGAAGAGCUUCAAGUGGUCCUCGGUCGAUCACUUGUCAGAUAUAUAUCUCUGUGCAUGCAUCGAUAUAGGUACGCUCGUUACCCAGUUUUAUCACGCCAUCGACUCGGAUCAAGCUCAGCAUGGCGCCUCUAUCGCGGCAGUUUUGGACUACGACCAAAAGCUCGCCAAACUGGCUUCUGACUGGAGGCAGCCUACCGCAGAAAUAGCGAAGACGUCUCUUCGGCUUGACGUGAUGGUUCAACUCACGGCAAAUACAUUGCGGAUGGCAAUCCUCGGAGUAGGCAUACACCUUGCGGAGAAACUGGAUGCGUCAUCGUCCUUCGAUGUGUUGGAACGUUCCAUACAAGCGGGCCGUGCGGUCAUCCAUCUUUGUGUCAAGGUUUAUCCCAUCGAGCGGUUUCCUUAUGCGAUCGAGCCUCAGUUUUUCUACUUGACACUGGCGGCCGCAUCUCUCGUGAGGUUGCUCAAGGCUCGAUUCAACAUAGACCCGAUCCUACGCACACACGUCAUCGAGGACGUGGCGAUGCUUAUUGAACACUAUAAACGGGUUGCUCUAGACUCGACUCACGUUCCGGCUGUUCAUGCAAGAUUUCUAACCGCCCUGCUCAAGUCCGUCACCACCUCCACUGCCAACACAGAGACAUCGACAACGGUCGUUGAUCCCUCUACGCGUCACAACGCGCCUUCAAACAACCCAGUUAUGAGUACUUCUCAGGCUGCCCAGCGCCAGGCGCAUGCCGUCGAUAACCUGAUGGCUGGGCAUGGCGCACCGUCUUACGCUUUCCCUCGGCAAGGAUUCGAGUUUUUCUUUGAGCAUUUCGCCUCGGAUAUGUCGACAUUAGACCAGUCCCCGGAUAACUAUUACAACUCCGCGUUUACGCAAGUCGAGAUGGUCGAUCCAGUUUUGUGGCGGGAUAGCCAAUAUCAUACAGGUCCACCAGCCUAACGAUAAGCAGACAUAAUCAGAUCGUGUCCCUCAUCGGUCCGCGAUCCAUGCCAAAUAGGAUUAGCUCAGGGUCAUUAUUUCAAUGGGUAUACUCUUGGGCAGACGCGAUCUGGGACAUUGGCUCUGUAUGAAGAUUUGUAU